GCCCUGUCGCCGCGCAGCCAGCAGGUGGCGCUGCAAGCCAGGUCCUGGCGCCUGGACGGCGGAAGCGCGGCGUGGCGCGAGCAGCUGGGCUGAGGCGCGGGGACCCGGCGGGGCGCGCCCCCUCCGCGCUGCCGCCUUGCGCCCCUUCUCGAGCAGGGUGCCGCCGGGCGAAGGGAGAGGGCCCCGCGGAGGCCCGCGGGACGACCAGCCCCGAGCCCGGCGUUACCCGGACCGACCCCCAGGGAACAUGGGCGUUCUCAGGGCCGGGCUGUGCCCGGGCCUCACCCAGGACACGGUCCAGCUUCUGAGGAGCCGCGGGAUCAAGACAGUGGUGGACCUGGUUUCUGCAGACCUGGAGGAUGUAGCCCAGAAGUGUGGCUUGUCUUACAAGGCCCUGGUUGCCCUGAGAAGGGUGCUGCUGGCUCAGUUCUCAGCUUUCCCCUUCAAUGGCGCUGAUCUGUACGAGGAACUAAAGACCUCCACAGCCAUCCUGUCCACUGGCAUCGGAAGCCUAGACAAACUGCUUGAUGCUGGUCUCUACACUGGAGAAGUGACUGAAAUUGUAGGAGGCCCAGGUAGCGGCAAAACCCAGGUAUGUCUUUGUGUGGCUGCAAAUGUGGCCUAUGGCUUGCAGCAGAAUGUUGUAUACGUUGAUUCCAGUGGAGGACUGACAGCCUCCCGCCUCCUCCAGCUGCUUCAGGCUAGAACCCCAGAUGAGGAGGAGCAGGCAGGAGCUCUCCAGAGGAUCCAGGUGGUUCGUGCGUUUGACAUCUUCCAGAUGUUGGACGUGUUGCAGGACCUCCGAGGCGCUAUGUCCCAGCAGGUGAGCAGUGCCUCAGCGACUGUGAAGGUGGUGGUUGUGGACUCGGUCACUGCCGUGGUCUCCCCACUUCUGGGAGGUCAGCAGAGGGAAGGUUUGGCCUUGAUGAUGCAGCUGGCUCGAGAGCUGAAGACCCUGGCCCGGGACGUUGGUGUGGCGGUAAUGGUGACCAAUCACAUGACCCGAGACAGGGACAGUGGGAAGCUCAAACCUGCCCUUGGACGCUCCUGGAGCUUUGUCCCCAGCACCCGGAUUCUCCUGGACAUUGAGGAAGGGGCAGGGAUGUCAGGCAGUUGGCGCAGGGCCUAUCUGACCAAAUCUCCCCGUCUGCCAACAGGUUUCCAGGAGAUGGUAGACAUUGGAACCUGGGGGAUUCCAGAGCAGAGCCCCACGUCACAGGGAGAUCAGAUGUGACUGUUCUACUGAUUGGGAAAGGGAGGGCCAUCAUGGGCCCCCCAACUCUGUGCACAGUAACACCUGCUGUUCACUGCCAUCCAGCGCUUGGGAUUCCAGUCGAAGCUCUUGGGCUGGACAGAAGAGGCAUCUCUGUUUCCGCAGCUUCUCUUUCUGUGGAAACAGAGCUACAGGCGAGAGAGGUGCUGUGGUGGAAGGACCCAGAAAUCCAUGCCGGUGCCAAGUUUUCUUCCUUGUUUCUAUCAUGUAUGUUUCCAGUGGGAGCUGAGUUCACCCUGGCUUAGGGCAUUUCUGAAGAGGCAUGCUAGUAACUGAGCAGAACCCUGUGUGUCAUCGUUGUGCCUGCACUCCAUCCUUACACAGUGACUGAGCCAUGAAGCCUCCGGCUUGCCCCCGCUUCUGUUUUGUUUGUUUUUGUUUGGGGGUUUUUGGCCUCUGUUUUUCCAUCCGUAAGAUGGAGCUCCCCUAGCUUUGUCUCUGAGGUACUAGGUGGAAGUGCCCUUGUAAAUGCAAAACCUUUAUCUAUGUCAUGUUCUGAAAAAUACAAAGACGAAAUUCCCUGAGCCCCAAAGCCACCUAAUUUCCCCCCAGAAGGUUGUUUUUCAGUUUCCCCUAGUGAGGUUCCAAAGAACGGUUAUUCCUUUUUUCCCUCUUGCCGAUUUGGUUUCACACACCUGCAUGCAUCACCAUGACUAGGUGAGAUUGUGAACUCCCUGCAGUCCCAGGGAUAUAAUCUAACAGGAAGGGAGGAUGUGACCACAGUGAAUCCAGCUACUUGUUUAUUAUGCACGGUGCCUUGCAGGGCCCCUCUACAGUAUAGAGUAGCCAAAGGUGCUGAACCAUGGCCUUGCCCAUAAACAGACAGAGGAGAAUUUGCACAGUAAAUAGAGCCAGCUGGGAAAAUUGAUGCUGGCGUAAAUAAUACAUGGCAAAUCUAGUCCUUUAUGCAGAAAUUCAUUGCCAGUGGCUCCGAGAUGCAAUAUAAUUACCCUUCUCUUCCUGCCAGCUGUACCACAGCCUGGUGCCCUAGUGUAUGAAAUAACCCCCCUGUCUGUUAUUGGCACUGUGGCCAUCCAUCUGAGGGCUGUGGCUGGGGAGGGGGGGGGGGCAGGGGGUGGUGAGGAGGACGCCAGGGAAAGAAUAAUAAAAGGCAAAGUAGAGAAAUGAUCAGAAUUGUUUACUGACUACAUUUUUUAAAGGAAAGUCGCCUUUCUUGGUUAGAGAGCCUGUCAUGUAAUUAAUUAGUUGUGUCUUGGCUGCAGGAAAAGGGGGGUCAGAGUUACAGGGGGAAGCUAGGACAUUAAGAUGAUGAACGUAGCCGAGGCAGAAGCAGGAAGCGUGGAGGACCGGGAACGAGCAGCACGCUGGCUCCGGGGUAUCUGCCUGAACGAAGACAGGAUUGGUGAGCCUAAGAUGAGGGGGAGCCCGGCACUGCUGCUUGCAGAGAGGACCCUGGGAGAAAUUAAUGUUCGGUAUCCUCACACCAUGAGGGGCUGGCGCAUUUCUGCAACCAUAGCAGGGAAAAAUACGUUAAGCUAGGAGUUGCAAAUCCCUGCCGCUCCUGACAUUUGGGCAUUUUGAGCCCACAGAGGUAAUUUCUGCACAGCGGUCUCCCCAAUCACUCAAGGGUUCUUUUUUUUAUGGAACUCAGGAGUCCAGGUAGUCACGACCAACCAGAGAGGGAAACUGAGGCCCAAAGAGGAGGAGUGAUGGUCCCAUGGCAGAACAGGAGCGGGCACCCAGGACCCCAGAGACCUUUGGGUCUCCUUGUUACCUUUAGUUUCCCAUCUGCAUACUUCUCUUCCCCUGGACAAUUCACUGCAACUCAGGGUGCCACAGUCAUCACCCAGGUGGCCUCACUGGCCACGGGAAGCUGCCCCAUUCACUGCUGCUCCAGACCACCUUGUGACAUUCCUGCAGGAUCCCGCCCCCCCAACCCCCAAGCUUGCUUCCUCCCUGGAUCUUGCUGUCAGACCAGGGCUUCACCUCACCCUGCGUGCUGCCACUGCACACUCCAUUCUGGGCAGGCUGCAUGGUGCGUUGGCCUAGCAGGCCUCGGGCCGGGCUGGCUCUUCUGCCCAAGUGCCUUUUGCUCCCUUUGCUUAUGUGUCUGCUGUGUCAGGUGCACACUCACCCUGAUAUCCUCCCUUUUUUAUGCAGCAAGUAUUGUCUAGAUAGACAUCAUAACCCCUCUCUGCCUCUCUUUCUGUUCACUUGUCUGCCCACAAGCUCAAGAUCCAUUUUAAGAGCCCCCAUGUCAAUUUUCCUUUUGUUCUCUGCAGUCUGGGAGCUCAGUAAUGGUUAACUAUAUGAAUGGGUGGGCUCUAAUGCAUUUUAAAGAUGGCAAAUGAGGAACGCAGGGAUGUUUUUCUCUAGAUCUAGAUAGUCAUUGAUUCCCCAGAGUAGCUUUUUAUAGAGCUUUCUACGGAGGAUUCUUGUAUGUCCUGGGUUUGAUAUUAGAAAAAAAUUAAUGUUGAGUCCCUACUCCGGGCUGGCACUUGAUGACUUUAAGUCAGUCACCUGAGCCCCCAGGGACUCUCAGGCAAAAAAAGGUCCAUGUCUCCUUGAGGCUGCUCUCCACUGCAAGUAACAAAACCUGGCCUAAAGAGGCUUAAACAAUAAGGACAUUAUCUCCAGUUGCAAGGAGUCCGAGUUUGGCUUGUUCAGUGGCUCAGUGUGAAGGGGUAUAAGGCCUCUUUCAUUUCUCCACUCUGCCUUCCUUUUGUGUUGGUUUUGUCUUCAAGCUCAUUUUCCUCAUUAAAUUCUGGAUGUGGCCAUUCUGAGCAUCAAUCCAGACAUGACAGUAUCUACAGGCAGGAACCCGGGCCUUGGGUCCUUUUACGAACCAGGAAAAUUCAACUUCCGGCCAGAGCAGAUUUACCUCAUACCUUAGCACAGAAUUGCUUUCUUAUAGCCCACACCUAAAUCAUGGCAAGGGAAAUGGGUCUGUGAUUGGCCCAGACCAACAAGAAAAUAGCCUUAGGGCUGGGGUCAGGCUUCUCCUAAGCACAUGCUGUGGCCUUCUGGGAAAUGGGGGCACUACUAGAAAGGAGGGAGUUGCAUGGAGGAAUUAGACAUCCGGUGGGCAGCCCCAAGUCCAGAAGGCAAGUUUUUCAAGGCUCUCAUGUGCUUAGGCCCUUUGUACACAUCUCACUUAGAUCUUAGAACAGACACCCUUCUAGCAUGGGGAAUCAUUUCCAUUGUACAGACAAUAGGAGCCCAGCAAGGCUAAGGACAUAAGGCUAAUAAGUGAUAGCAACAGAAUCCAAACUCGGGUCUGUCUCAUUCUAAAUUCUUCUGUCCAUCCUCAUGCUGCCUUCAGCUGUGAAUAUGUAAACGUUUUGAUAAAACUCUUUGUUGGGGUGCCUCACUGGCUCAGUCGGAAGGGCAUGUAGCUCUUAAUCUAGGGGUUGUGAGUUUGAGCCCCAUGUUGGGUGUAGAGAUUACU